AUGGUCAAGAUCGCUGCCCCAAUCUUCCUCCUCACCGCCGCCCUCGCCUCCCUCGGCGAGGCUCGCAACUGCAAGGAGGGCAUCAGCUACUGCGGUAGCACCCUCCUGAACAUUGGUAAGCCAACUCAACCCCUGCCUCACAGCCCAGGGUCCAUGCUAACAGCGGCCAAGCAGCCCAACGACUUCACCCGCGCCCAGAACUCCCUCUUCUACUGCGAAGGCGGCAAGCACGGCAACAUCCGAUACACCAAGCUCUGCACCGGUGGCUGCAAGGACCACGGCAACGGCAAGAGCGACACCUGCUAA